AUGAGUGUGAGCGCUCCACCAGCGCGGCCGUGCGUGCACAGCGGGGCGUUCUUGAAGGGCGAGAAGCAGCACAACAUGCACCUCGUGCUUCUCAACUGGGCGCUCCCGACGUGCACGCUCCAGUGCUGGACCGCCGCCACGUACCGCAUUUGCGCCGACGGCGGCGCGAACCAGCUGUACAACAUCGCCACCCACAUCCCCCCCCGCCAAAUCCUUACUACAGUCGGCGCGCAGGCGCCGCCCGCGAGUCAGGUCGUGCGCCCGCAGGACGCGCGGGGGGUGUUAAAGCCGGACCUGAUCGUGGGGGACCUGGAUUCGGUGUAUCCUGACGUCAGGCGGUUCUACCAGGCGGAGGGCGUCGCGAUCCGCGAUAUGGGCCACGACCAGGACACGACGGACCUGGAGAAGGCCGUCCGUGCGGCCCGGGACAGCAUAGGGGCCGUAGAGGAUGGCCGGCCGCUGAUCGUGGCCGUCGGCGCGCUCGGAGGCCGGCUGGACCACUCCCUCGGGAGCCUCAGCACGCUGUACAAGUUUCCCGAGCUCGAGCUCGUCCUCGUCGGCGACGGCAACACAGCAAGGCUGCUACCGCCGGGGCGGAACAUCAUCCGCGUGGACCGGAACGUCGAGGGCCCGACGUGCGGCCUGGUGCCGCUGGCAGGUCGCGCGGUGGUGUCCUCACGGGGGUUGAGGUGGGACAUGGAUGGACUCGAGCUGGAGAUGGGCGCCAUGGUGAGCACGUCGAACGAGGUGAGCGCGGACGAGGUCGAGGUGUUCACCGACGUGCCGUUGGUGUGGACGACGGCGUGCCCCGCCGCGACGUCCCUCCCGCCCGCGCAGAGCUCGCUCGAAAGGUAG